CAUCUGAUCCUCCAUAUGUUUGUUCUGUCAAUUAUACCUCCCAAUGAAUUCUCAAUGUAAAAAGUACCAUUUUUCUGUAGACUUUUGAUUUAUUUUUCAGUUUUUGCCUCCAACAAUGGCGAUAAAGGAACUCGGAUUCAUCUUCACUCGCCGUAGGUCCCUCCACAGGGUGAUCGAUUUGUUCCUUCAUUGUUUUUGAUGCUGGGACUCGUGUAAAGAAUAUUGGAGAUGGCUACUCCCAGUAUCCUGCCAAGCCUAGACAAUGGUUUGCAAGAAUCUAAUGGGUGUUUAGAAGAUAGUUUGCAAAAUGAGCUUGAGUUGAUUUUGCAAGCACAGAUAAGUCAACAAACCAUUGGUAGAGAAAGGGAUUUGAAUAUGUUCAGGAGUGGUAGUGCGCCACCAACUGUUGAGGGAUCCUUAAAUGGAAUGCUUUCUGAAGAGGAGAUUCGUUCUCAUCCAGCAUAUCUUUCAUAUUAUUAUUCUCAUGAUAACAUAAACCCAAGGCUGCCCCCACCGCUGCUAUCAAAAGAACAUUGGCAUGUUGCACAAAGGUUUCAGGGUGGAUUUGGAGGAAUUGGGAACUGGAGAAAGAAGAAGUUAAUUGAUGAUGGUGACAGUUCAUCUCUGUUUUCAGUGCAGCCAAACCUCUCUGUACAACAGGCAGAAAGUGAUUUGAUGGAACUGAGGAAUGUCAGUGGAAGGGAUCUCUCAAGGAAGAUGUCAGCUGAGUGGCUGGAUAGAGGCUCAGAUGGCUUGAUUGGAAUGUCAGAUGCUGGGCUUGGCACUAGGAGGAGAAGUUUUGCAGACAUUCUUCAGGAAGGACUUGAACGACCUGUAACCUUAUCAGGCCACUCGUCACAGCCAGCCAGUCGUAAUGCUUUUGGUGAGAUAAUGGAAGCUUCUAUCACUUCUAAUCCUAGUUCACCUCAGCUGUGUAAUGGAGUGGAACCAGGAAAAGGCUUGUGUGCUGGAGCUCAUCCUGAGCUGGCAGGACUUCAGAGCCAUGGUACAAGUUCUUCUCACUCUUUUGCAUCAGCUGUGGGUGCAUCAUUGUCAAGGAGUACAACCCCCAAACAACAUGUGCUUGGGAGGUCUCCUAGUUCUGGUCUUCCUCUUGUUGGGAGCAACAAGGUUUGCCCUAUUGAUAAGAGGAACGUUGUUGGCUCUAAUGUCCAAAAUGGAAAUCCUUCUGCUCAGAAUGAACUUGGUGAAAUUGCAACUGCCUUGUCAGGCUUAAUCUUGUCAAAAGCUAGGCAUAUAGAUGAGGAUAGUCAUCUGCAAUCUCAGCUUCAAGGGAGUAUUGAUAGUCGGCCUGGUUUUCCAUUUAUUAUGCCCAAUGGUUAUAACACCAACAUUCACCAUCAUUUUGUAGACGAGUCCAACGCUGAAAACCUGUCAUUUCAGGCCAACUAUACCGACUUAUCAAGGAAAAAUGCAGUUGCACCAAACCUUAAUGCUUCCAAGAUAUACAAGUGGACAAGUAAACAUAUCCAGAAGAACUUCCUCUACUGUGAACCUUUACUCCAAAAUGCAUCCUUCAGAACUUGCAAGCUUGGAAGGAUCUCAUCCAAAUAAAAGUUUCACUGGUCAUCAAACUGGUGUUUGUUCUGCUGAUCAGAGGUUGAAUUCAGCAAUUAAGAUCCGACAAAAUGCAGGCUAUGAUGAAAGAUGCAUUUGGAAACUAUGUUGUGCAAAAGGUUCUUGAAAUCUGCGAUGAACAGAGUCUUGAGUUGAUUGUUUCUUGAAUCAAGGUUCAUUUAAAUG